CCACCAUCAUCAGUUCAGCUCGCGCCUGGCCCGCGGAUCCCGGUGUUCGGUGGCUGUCUUGUGCAACGAUUAGCCGGCUUCGCGCGCUGAGCCCAUCUUGAUUGGGAUUGCCCGAUUAUUACCUCAUCGUCCGCAUUUCUACUGCUUGAUUGCUGCACGUUGCUUCGUUGCGUCGCACUCCGGCGAGCAGUCAUCCAUCGCCAUCUCCCUCCUCGCUGUACCACCAUCGACCCCAGAACCAAAAACCUCCAUUCGACUCUCACGGCCCGGCUUCAGAGAGCCCGCGGAGCGAGUGCAGCGAGAACGCGCGCGCAAGAGGCGGCUAUCCUAACAUCUUCACAACCAACUUGAAACGCCGAAGAACAACCCAGUCAUGCCGCUCUGUGGGGGAACCAAGACUGUGCAGCGAAAGCUGGUACUUCUAGGCGACGGUGCAUGCGGAAAGACAUCACUACUUAAUGUCUUCACGAGAGGAUACUUUCCGACAGUAUACGAACCUACCGUCUUCGAAAACUAUGUCCACGACAUCUUCAUCGACAAUGUUCAUGUGGAACUGUCUCUAUGGGACACUGCAGGACAAGAAGAAUUCGACCGAUUGCGAUCCCUCUCCUACGAUGAUACCCACGCCAUUAUGCUCUGCUUCAGCGUCGAUUCGCCCGAUUCCCUCGAGAACGUAGAAAGUAAAUGGGUCGGCGAGAUCGCAGAAAACUGUCCCGGUGUGAAACUCGUUCUGGUCGCGCUGAAGUGCGAUCUGCGAGAACAGAAAGACGAUGAGGAUACAGAUACGCACCAUGAGCCCAAACGGCCCAUGAUUGACUACAAGGCCGGUCUGGCUGUUGCUGAGAAGAUCAAGGCGUUGAGAUAUCUCGAAUGCUCCGCGAUGAAGAACCGUGGAGUGAACGAGGCUUUCACCGAAGCAGCACGCGUGGCAUUACAGGUCAAGAACGUCAAGGGCGACAAGUCGACUAAGAGUUGCAAUGUCAUGUAAUUGCGACUUGACCGGACGAGACGUGUACAGCAUGACCGAAACCAAAUCAUACGAACGACAUAUCCG